AUGUCUAAAGCUACUGCCAGUAUGGAACGCGAUGGAACAACCCUGUCAAUCCAUGAGGGGUUCGAAACUUUGAAAUUCUCCGCCAAUUAG